UACUCGUAGGUUGAUAACUCAGUUUUAAAUUGAGAAAGAAAAAUUCAAAUUGCUAUUCGUUGUAAAGUUUUUCAGCCACAGCGGCGCAUUCUACGAAAAUGAAGUUAUUAUGCGUAUUACUACUAUUCGUAUUCAUAAACAUUCGCCACAUUGGAGGAAAUGGCAUCAGAAUACCCUUAUCAAUAAAGGAACCUCAAGAUUAUAUUUCCAAUCAAAUGUUUUAUGGAACUAUUUCGAUUGGAACGCCGCCACAGAAACUGAACGUAACGUUCGAUACAACACUUGAUAGAACUAUAGUGCUCUCAAAUUGGUGUGAAAGUACUGCAGAUUGCCAAAACCGCACGAUUUAUAAUCACAAAAACUCGAAAACGUCCCGAUGUGUAUCUUACUACUGUACUCGAUUAGCUGAUACAUUUUCAAUGGGUGAUAUCCAGAUACAAAAUGUAUCGUUUACUCAUAUGAGUCCAUCAUUGCGACCACUCCACGAUAGACUAUACGCUGGUGCUGUGGGAUUGCAUUCUCAUGAUAGAGACUACUUCUUAGAACACUGCAAAAAACUUGGAUUAGAGAAGAAAUUUUCAUUCUACACUAAUUAUCCUUGGGACCAUAGUACCUCUGAAUUGAUGUUAUGCGGCGAAGACAAGACAAAGUUUCGGGGUAACUUGCAAUACGUCGCUAUGAUAACUGAUACAAUAAUUCCGUUGGGAGGAUGGUUGAUUAAAACGCAAAGUGUUUUUUUACAUCAUAACGAUAAAAGUGUUCGAACAAUGGAAUUCCUAGAUAGAGUUUUCAUAAUUGAACCCGACUCGCCAUACAUUAGUGUGCCAAGAAAGGACAUAGAUAAAAUCCACGAAGCAUUACACAUCACAACAUCGAAAAAUGGAAAUUUAGAGGAGGUUGACUGCAAAACCGUUUAUACGUUACCGAGUAUCACGUUUAGAAUCGCUGACACAGAUUUCACUCUUGAAGGGAAUGAUUACAUCCAGCAGUUGACGCAAAAUGAUCAACAAGUCUGCAUAGUUCGGUUGAUACCGCAAGCUUAUUAUCACUCAGAUUAUUGGACCAUGGGAAACGUUUUUACCAGAAAGUUUUACACUGUAAUCGAUGCAGAGAAGGGGAGAAUUGGAUUCGCCGAAAGCAUUCAUGGGAAUAGACCUGAGGUCUUCCUUUAUAAGCGUGACUCAGAAUAAGGAUUUUGAUUUGAUUUGAAAUAUGCAUCCUACAUA